AAGGGCGUGGUGUGAGCUGGAGGGCAGAAGGGGCUGGAGAUGAGGGGAGGGUGCAGGCUGUGCCUGAUCUGAGAGCGAACGGAGAGGGAUUGAAUUUCUCUCUGGCUGAGGUUCCUUCAGUUCCAGCAUGGAGAUGAGUCGGGAGAAGCUGUGUGCCAGCAAGGCUGAUGGGAGCUCAGACUCUGCCUACCACUGCUCGGCGUGCCACGACGAUGAGGAGUGGGGCAGCACGAGCCGGGGGAGAGCCAAGUCACGGAGUCUGUCGGCUUCACCAGCCCUUGGAAGCACCAAAGAAUUCAGGAGAACACGCUCCCUGCAUGGACCAUGCCCAGUGACCACGUUUGGACCAAAGGCCUGCAUGCUGCAGAAUCCUAAAACCAUUAUGCACAUUCAGGAUCCAGCAAGCCAGCGGUUGACAUGGAACAAACCACCCAAGAGUGUCCUUGUGAUUAAGAAGAUCCGUGAUGCCAGUCUGCUGCAGCCCUUCAAAGAGCUCUGCGUGUACCUCACUGAGGAGAACAAUAUGAUAGUGUAUGUAGAAAAAAAAGUAUUGGAAGACCCUGCUAUAGCUAAUGAUGAGAAUUUUGGACCAGUAAAGAAGAAAUUCUGCACCUUCAGAGAAGACUAUGAUGAUAUCUCCAAUCAGAUAGACUUUAUCAUAUGCCUGGGAGGAGAUGGGACCUUACUUUAUGCUUCUUCACUUUUCCAGGGUAGUGUACCUCCAGUUAUGGCUUUUCAUCUGGGAUCCCUUGGAUUUCUUACUCCAUUUAAUUUUGAGAAUUUUCAGUCCCAAGUCACUCAGGUUAUAGAAGGCAAUGCAGCUCUGGUUCUCAGGAGCAGGCUCAAGGUGAAGGUGGUGAAGGAGCACAGGGAGAAAAGCCCAGUGCAGAAUGGGAUAGAGGAAAAUGGGGUUGUGUCUGCAAACCUGGAGAAAGAAGUGGGCAAGCAAAUUAUGCAAUAUCAGGUCCUCAAUGAAGUCGUGGUGGAUCGUGGCCCCUCCUCCUACCUGUCCAACGUGGAUGUGUUUCUGGAUGGGCACCUGAUCACCACAGUGCAAGGGGAUGGGGUGAUUGUCUCCACGCCCACUGGCAGCACUGCCUACGCCGCCGCGGCCGGAGCCUCCAUGAUCCACCCCAACGUCCCUGCCAUCAUGAUCACCCCCAUCUGCCCCCACUCCCUGUCCUUCAGACCCAUUGUGGUUCCUGCUGGAGUGGAACUCAAGAUUAUGCUCUCCCCAGAUGCCAGGAACACUGCGUGGGUUUCGUUUGAUGGAAGGAAGAGGCAGGAAAUAUGCCAUGGAGACAGUAUCAGCAUCACUACCUCGUGCUACCCCCUGCCCUCCAUCUGCUUCCGGGACCCCGUCAGCGACUGGUUCGAGAGCCUGGCCGAGUGCCUGCACUGGAACGUGCGCAAGAAGCAGAACAACUUCGCGGUGGAGGAGGAGGAGUUCUGAGAUCCCGCCCAGCAGGGCGGUGCAGCGAGGCCAAUCCCUCCCCCUGCUCUGAGUUUGGAGCUCUGGCUGCAGAGCUGCCUCCUGGCUGUGGUUUCUAUCCCCCGCUGUGGCUGGGAAGGGUUGUGCUCCUUCCUCUGCACCAGGAGUGGGGGUGGAAGGCUCUGAUGGUUCUAAUCCAGUAUGAAUUUCCUUCCAAAUGAGCAGUGGAUGAUUCCUGAUGGCUAUCAAAAACCACAUCUGCAGAUUUGAUUGUAACCUCUGACUUACCAGUUCCAUGGUAGGCUGAAUGUAGCUACACCAGGGAAAAGUGGCAGCAGAAAAGUGGCAUUAAAAUCUUUCAUUUGUUAAACUCCAUUUAACACUGCUAGCAACAGAAAGGCUCCGAGAAGUUUUUUUUUUUAAAAAAAAAAGCUCCUCUUUAUUAUCUUAAAUACGCCUUGCCCAGAAAAUACUUUCUUACUUGCAAGUGUGACACACUGAAGAAACACCCACAAAGGAUGU